AUGCGUUCCCAGAAGAUGAUGCGUCGGAAGAAGAAUGUGAAGAAGGGCAUCCAGUUUUGCUUGAUGGUUUGUGGUGCUUCAGGCACAGGCCGAACCACCUUUGUCAACACUCUCUGCAGCAAGAGCGUUCUGAACCAUAAGGACUCUGAUGAUCCUAGUGCCGCCCACGUCGAAGAGGGUGUCAAGAUUAAGCCCAUCACCGUCGAGCUUGAGCUGGACGAAGAAGGAACCCGUAUCUCAUUGACCAUCGUCGAUACUCCCGGCUUUGGCGACCAAAUCGACAAUGAGGCAAGCUUCUCGGAGAUUGUGGGAUAUCUCGAGAGACAAUAUGACGACAUCUUGGCCGAGGAGUCGCGUAUCAAGCGUAACCCCAGAUUCAGGGACAACCGUGUACAUGCUAUGCUGUACUUCAUUGCCCCUACAGGUCAUGGUCUUCGGGAACUCGAUAUCGAGCUUAUGAAGCGCCUCGCUCCUCGUGUCAACGUUAUCCCAGUCAUUGGCCGAGCUGAUUCCCUUACACCACACGAACUUGCCGAAUCGAAGAAGCUUGUUAUGGAGGAUAUUGAACACUAUCGUAUUCCCGUCUAUAACUUCCCUUACGACAUCGAAGAGGAUGACGAAGAUACUGUUGAAGAAAAUGCCGAGCUUAGAGGACUGAUGCCAUUCGCUAUUGUGGGUUCAGAAGAAGUAAUCGAAAUUGGUGGUCGCAAAGUUCGUGCUCGACAAUAUCCCUGGGGUGUCGUUGAGGUAGACAACCCUCGCCAUUCCGACUUCCUGGCUAUUCGAUCCGCACUGCUUCACAGUCAUCUUGCCGACCUCAAAGAAAUCACCCAUGAUUUCCUUUACGAGAAUUACCGUACCGAGAAACUCAGCAAGAGUGUCGAAGGCGGUGCUGGAGUUGAUUCAUCGAUGAACCCCGAGGACUUGGCAUCUCAGUCUGUCCGUCUAAAGGAGGAACAGCUCCGUCGCGAAGAGGAGAAGCUCCGCGAAAUCGAGAUCAAGGUUCAGCGCGAGAUCAACGAGAAGAGACAAGAACUGUUGGCUCGCGAGUCUCAGCUUCGCGAGAUCGAAGCCAGGAUGCACCGGGAGGCUGCGGCUGCUGCCGGUGGACCUGUCGAGGCCAACGGCGAGGCCGACGGCAACUAA